GGCCCAAGCCUGCGCCCCGGGCUCCGCGAUGACGGCGAGCCCGCCGAACGCAGUCGACAUCCGGCUGCUGCCCGAUUCCAGCGUGGUGGCGCCGUUCGACGCCGCCGCGCUCGACCUGGAGGGACAGGCGUACGGCCUGCUCCACCUGCUCCGCUCCCGGUGCGCGCUCCUCGGCGAGGGCCUCCUGCUCGAGAAGCCCAGCGAGGUGGAGCACCUCAAGUUCCUCAGGUCCACCGGCGCGCCCGCCGCAGAGGAGCACGGCAGCGGCUCGGCGGGCCGCCCUGCCAAGGACGCCGACAGCGCAGCCGCCCCGAUCGCAGCGGUGCCUUCGACACCCGAGGCCAGCGGCGCAGCAGCUGGCGCGGAGGCCGCGGCCCGCGCAGCUGACGACAGUGCCGCGGCAGCUGCGGCGGCGCCCGUGGCGCCUGCAGCACAGAGCGCCGGUGCGGAGCCUCAGGCCCUCGGAGGGCGCCAGAUCGACCCGACUGCCCGCGCAGAGCCCUGGCCCCCCCGCGAGCCCGCGGAGCGCGCCAGCGCGGCCUCCCAGGCGCCCGAGGGGCGCCAGGUCGACUGGGGGGGGCAGCUGGGCGACGCCCGGUCCCUCCGCGGCGCACACUCCGCGGCGGCGGCGCCCUCCGCGCCGGCAGCGCAGGGCGCGGGUGCGGCCUCCCAGGGCCCCGAGGGGCGCGCGGCCGACCCGGCCGAGCCGUGGGCGCCCGCAGGGCCUGCGGAGGGCGCCAGCGCGGACCCGCAGGCGCCUCGCCAGGUCGACUGGAGCGGGCAGCUGGGCGACGCGCGGUCCAUCCGCGGCGCGCGCCCCGCGGCGGCCGCAGCGGCGCGGGGCCGGGGCGCCGCGCCGGCAGUGGGCGCGGGAGGCCUGGCCGCGGCGGCUGCGGCAUGGCUGAAGGGCGGGCCGGCGGCGGCGGGCCGGGCGGCAGCGGCCGCCGCCGCACCGAGUCCGAGCCCGGAGGCGGCGGCGGGGGGCGCGGCCUCGGCAAAGCCGCUGGAGGCGCCGCCGCGAGCCGCGGAGGUGCCGGCGGAGGCUGCGGUGCCGGCGGAGCCGGUGGAGGUGAACCCCUUCGAGGGCAUCAGCGAGGAGCCGGCCCGCGACGCGGGGCGGUGGCCCGCCGGGGGCGGCGCAGAGGCCGCGGUGCACACCCCCGGCGCCCAGUGGCGCGUGGUGUACGCGAGCGGCCACAUCUACGGCGACGUGCUGGUGCGCAAGGGGGCGGACCUCGCCAGCGCCGAGGUCGCUGCGCUCUGCAGAGGGCAGCUGGUGGAGCAGGCCGGGCCGCCCACCAGGGCGGGAGGCCUGGUGCGGAUGCCCGUGCGCCUGCUGGCACGCGCCCACCGCGGGGAGGCUCCGCGGCCUGCUGCCGGCGCCGCCCAGGAUCGGGACGGCUGGGUCACGGUGGACGCCACGGAGGCGGGCGGGCCCACCUUCCUGGAGGGCCCGUUGCCCUCCAGCGGGGCGUUCCGGACGUUGCGAGUGGUCUCCUACAACCCCAUGCGCAUGUGCGGCACCAGGGCCGAGGAAUUCUCGACCGAGUUCUCGAACAUGGCCGGGUUCCCAAUUCCUGCCGCCGUGACGCUAGACGACGAGUACGAGGCCAUCGGUCCCUUCAGCGCCGAGCUUGAGGGCGUGGCGGGGCGGCUCUGGCGCCCCUUGCACAGCGGGGCCCUCGAGUUCACGUUCGAUCUCAUUGCAACCGUCCACCGCCAGUGCUGUCUCGUUCUCACUUUCGCCUUCGCCCGUUCGAUGGAGGUGGACCUGGACUCACUAUUGGCCAGGGCCAAAGGGCGCAAGGAGGGGGCCGCCGCCUCGGCUGACGAGGCGCCAAACCAAAAGAAUAAACUCUGCCAAAUGGCGGACGACGCCGACGAAGACCUGGCCAAGGUCGAGGGAGCCUUGCGGGGCAAAGACAUUUCCAGCGCUCUUUCCUUGCGCCUAAAGAUGGCGUGCCAGCGCGCGCAGAUACUACGGGGCCUGACGGCGUCCGAGUGCAUUUCGCUCGUGCCCCCAGUCGACUGCUGCGUCGUCAACGCCGCGAAGGCGGCGGGCAGGUCCUACGCCGAGGUGGCUGCAGUUCAGGAGCUCACGGCGAAGCUCGGAUCCGGUUUGACGAAGUUGCUCCUGGAGCAGGCCGUGAUCAGGAUCUCGACGCACCUUGGGGGCCGCCUGAAGCUCGGAUCGGCACCGGUGGGUCACCUCGAGCAGAUGGCCGAUGCGGUCGCCCACCGCGCCGCCGAGGCCGCGCUGCUCGCCCACCGCUCGGCCGGCGCCGGCGCGGGCGACCACGUGCAGCGCGCCAAGGACAUGGACAAGGCGGCUGCGGGCAAGGCGCCGCCGAAGCAGUGCGGCGCCAUCUGGAUCGCGGAUAGCUGGACGUGCUGCCUGGACGCCAUGGGCAACGGCAUCGGCGGCGCCCCCGGCAGCACCUGCUGCCAGUCCCCGGUCACCGGGGGCGUCCUGAUCUGCGGGGCGGGCAGCGUCUGCAACCCGAAGUCCGGCCUCUGCUUCGCACCAGGCUCGGACAUGUGUGGCGACGUCGCGUGUGCUCCCGGCACCGAGUGCGUCGCGCCCGGCGUCUGCGUCCUUCCGAACACGACGGACGGCCAGAAGCGGUGCGGCGCCAUCUUCAUCAACGAGAAGUGGACGUGCUGCACGGACGCCCACGGCAACGGCAUCGGCGCCGCUCCGGGCAGCACGUGCUGCCUGUCCCCGCGCUCCGGGGGCGUCGUGGCCUGCGGGGCGGGCAGCGUGUGCAACCCGAACUCGGGCCUCUGCUUCGAGCCUGGCUCGGAGGUGUGUGGCGACGUCGCCUGUGCUCCCGGCACCGUCUGCGCCGGGUACGGCGUCUGCCUCGUGCCGGGCAUGCCGGGCACGGAGCUCGGAGGGCCGGAGGGCUCGGAGGGCAACAGCACGAGCUCGGAGGGCAACAGCACGAGCCUGGAGAGCAACAGUACCGCCGAGUGA